CCGCGAGGAGAUCGUCGUCAUGACCAAGUUCUCCGGGGUCGUCACCGCGGACCCGGGCGAGAAGGUCUUCGACCCGCUCAAGGCGGAGCGCGAGCAGCGCACGGUGAACCAGUGGGGCGCGUCGCGGAAGCACAUCUUCGCGGCGGUCCGCGCGAGCCUCGCGCGCCUCCAGCUCGAGUACGUCGACGUGCUGCAGAUCCACCGCGUCGGGAGCGGGACGCCGUUUGAGGAGACGAUGGAGGCGCUCCACGACGUCGUCAAGGCAGGGUACGCGCGGUACAUCGGGAUCAGCUCGUGUUGGGCGUGGAAAUUCCAGGCGAUGCAGAACUACGCGCUGAGCCGCGGGCUGACACCCUUCAUCUCGAUGCAGGACCACCACAGCCUGAUCUACCGCGAGGAGGAGCGCGAGAUGUUCCCCGCGCUCAAGCUCCUCGGCGUGUCCGCGAUCCCGUGGAGCCCGCUCGCGCGGGGGCUGCUGUGCAAGCCGUUCAAGGAGAGUCUGGCGAAGAGCACGAAGCGCGGAGAGGGAGAUUGGUUCCUCGCGAAUUACACGAAGGAGCCGGGGUCGGGGCUCGAGGAGAUCAUUAAUCGGGUAGAGGAGGUCGCGAAGAAGAGGGGCGUGAGCAUGGCGCAGGUCGCGGUCGCGUGGUCGUUGUCCAAGGACGUCAUCGCGGCAGCGGUGGUCGGCACGACGAGCCUUGCGAACCUCAAGGACAUCCUAGAGGGCGUGCACCUCCAGCUUACGGAGGAGGAGAUCAAGUACCUCGAGGAACCGUACCGCCCGAUGAAUAUCAUCGGGCACGUCUAAUGUUUUCAGGCUCCCACCGCAUUCGGGGCCCGCAACGCCGGGGGGCAUGGCGAAGGAAGCGGAAGGAUGUACGGUGAGAAAGGUGCCUGAUUGUGGGAAUGGCUGUCGGUAGGGUUCAACGGUACCCAUGUUAUCAUUGUAGUAUGCUUGUUCGUCUGUGAAAGAACUUGUAUUAGAGUGAGGGUGAAGCGCGAGGGUGGCGAGUUCAUUCCAGCCUGGCUGUCCAUCUUGAAGUAAGGCUGGGUGGAUCUUGUAGCCGCACAUGGUGGGUACCUGAAGCUGAGUUGCAUUAUUACACUACCAGAGAAUUAGCGAUCGAGCUUGGUACAGACCUGAGAGGCC